AUGGACCCUACAGGACCUCAUAGAAAUAUGCCUGUGCCUGGUGAACUUGGCACUCCAGAAGGAAAGCAUCUGUGCCGAUUAUCUAGUGGAAUGACACUAGAAGAAUUCCAUCAGUGGCGAGAGGUAUUGAUGAUAAAUCCAACGAUGGCCAUGAACCCUUUAUUGACAGCAUCAGGGCAGCAAAAGAUCCCACUGGUUCCCUCACCAUUUGAAACUCCUACUGUGGAUAGAGAUAUAUUGCCUUUCACUGUAGCUUCAACUGACCCAAGACAAUUUUGUGUUCCAUCCCAAUUUGGAUCCUCUGUUCUACCAAAUGCAAAUAUGCCGAACAUGAUGCCCAAUCAUGUCUAUUCAGGUUGGGGCAUUUUACCACCUGAAGCCUUAAAGACAAUGGCCAGAAGGAAUGAAAUGAUUCAAAGGCAGCAUACUGCCAGGAUGGAAAUGGAAAUGCAUGCAAUUUACCAGCAAAGGAAAAUAGAACAAGUGAAUCCCAAGGGAUUAGCAGGCCUGGGGAUACCAUUCCUCUAUAGCUACGGUAUCCCCACUGGCCUAACCACCCACCAUGGCAGGAGCAUGCUCCCUGCCAGUGACCUGCAUUUGCACAGACGCUCCAUGAGAAGUCUUCAUGGAAAUCCCAUGCUAGUGGCAACUGGUCCACGCUGUCUAGAGGGCUGGGGUCAGAAAUGUCGUCGUCUCAGAAGAGGUGCAGGGAAUCAGAAAGUUCUAGACAGUGAUACUGAAAGUUCCAAAAGUCAAGCAGAAGAAAAACCCAUAGGCCAGGUUCAUGUAUUUCCCUAUGAAGGGGAUGAGUAUGCAAAAGACCCAGAAACCGAAGCUUUCAACAACCAGAAGUCAAGUGAAAUCAACGAGAAACCAACUACGGCCCUUGCCAAUACCUGUGGAGAGUUGGAGCUCACCCAUAGAAAACCCUGGGGAGCUCAUGGCGCUCCAAUGGAAGCAAAGGCCUGGGACAGUGGGAGAGGGAAGGUUUCAGAGCAGGUUUUGGCAGCCUGUGGUGAAAAGAAUGGCGUUUACUUUCCAGUUCCUCAACCAUCUUUGCCAGGAACACAUGUACUGGUUACAAGUGGGGAGACUCUGUCUUUGGAUGAAGAUAUUCAGAAAUGGACUGUGAGUGAUGUGCACAGCUUCAUCAGUGGCCUGCCGGGCUGUUCAGACUACGCUCAGGUAUUUAAAGAUCAUGCAAUUGAUGGAGAAACAUUGCCAUUACUCACAGAGGAGCAUCUUCGAAGCACUUUGGGAUUAAAGCUAGGGCCAGCACUAAAGAUCCAAUCGCAGGUGUCUCAGCAUGUGGCAAGUAUGUUCUACAAGAAAAGGUUUUCACUUCCUACUCAUACAAAACAAGCAUUUGAUCAGCCAGCAGAUACGCCCCCUCUUCUGGAUUUUAACUCCUGGGGUGAUACAUUGGACAGUGCCUGUUCCCAGGAUAUAAUUCCUAAAGGAAUCAAGCGAGACAGUAUGAGAAAUUAA